AACAACUUGAGGAUUGCAGUACAUCUAAUAUUGCGAAUAAUAGUACCAUGCGAUAUUCUCCAUUGAUGGCAACGGCAGCAAGAAAUAAAGAUAAUGACGACAUAGUUAACAACGACGAUACAUCUCAGUGACAUGGAUUGCAUUGACAAUGAUAAUGAAAUAAAUAAUGAUGAAGAUGAAGAGGAUAAUUAUACUAUCAAAAACGAUGACAACUAUGAACAUAUCGAAGAGGAAACAAGUGAAGAAGACGAGGUCGCAUUCAACGAUAUCGUGUUAUUUUCAGAGUCUAAGUUGACUAUACGAGACGUAAUAACAUUAGUAAUUGCAUUUUCACUUCGAUUUAGGCUAUCAGAUGUUGGAAAAUCUGCGCUUAUAAACAUGAUAAAAUUAUUUGCCGGGCCAAAAUUCGAAAAAAUUAAUAUUUCCAAGUAUACUUUAGGUAAAGCAUUUGAUCCACCAGACGACAAAAUAAUUUAUCACUAUUUCUGCGACAAGCGUCAUAUGAAAAUUAUGUAUUCGACUUCAAGAAAUAAUUUUACAAGACAAUCUGUAACGUGUUAUUCUUGUCGAGAAAAACAUGUAAUUUCAUUGACUUCCAAUAAUUAUUUCAUGUCAUUUGAUAUAAGAUAUCAAUUAGCUUUUUUCAUAUCAAGCAACUAA